CUGGCCGUGUGGGCGCGGCGUGUGCGGCAGGCUGAGCUGCACCGCAGCGCAUACACUACAAUGGCUGCUGGAAAGAGGGGAAAGCAAACAAUUUCCAGGCCCGCCGCGUCCAGCCCGAAAUAUGGGGAAAAAAUUGCAGAAAAAUCGGAGAACCCUGUAAAAGGCGGGAAGAGGGCGCUGAGGGGAUGCUGAGGCUCCCGCGAUCAGCAAAAAUGGGAAGUUCUGGAUUUUGGUUUGCGCCUAGACAUGUCAAUGGAACUGGUUAAGACCAAAAUCUGAAGGUUUUUCUGCAUUAUCCGUCACCAGGUGUGCACUGAGCAGAGGCUACCAUAAAUCUGUUUUGAGUAUGAACACCUUUUAAAAUGUCCCCUUUUGCUUUCUUUAACGACCACAUGAAACUUGAGAAGCCAUCUAAAGCUAAAUCAUUUAGUGGAGUUGGGCAAUUCCCAAGUGUCCAACAAGAAGGCCUGGCUUAGGCUGCGAUGGCCACUGUCAUUCCUGGUGAUUUGUCAGAAGUAAGAGAUACCCAGAAAGUCCCUUCAGGGAAACGUAAGCGUGGUGAAUCCAAACCAAGAAAAAACUUUCCUUGCCAACUGUGUGACAAGGCCUUUAACAGUGUUGAGAAAUUAAAAGUUCACUCAUACUCUCACACAGGAGAGAGGCCCUACAAGUGCACACAACAAGACUGCACCAAGGCCUUUGUUUCUAAGUACAAAUUACUAAGGCAUAUGGCAACUCAUUCUCCUGAGAAAACCCACAAGUGUAAUUAUUGUGAGAAAAUGUUUCAUCGAAAAGAUCAUCUAAAGAAUCACCUACACACGCAUAAUCCUAAUAAAGAGGCCUUUAAGUGUGAAGAAUGUGGAAAGAACUACAACACAAAGCUUGGGUUUAAGCGUCACCUGGCUUUGCAUGCCGCAACAAGUGGUGAUCUCACCUGUAAAGUAUGUUUGCAGACAUUUGAAAGCACAGGGGUGCUGCUGGAGCAUCUAAAAACUCAUGCAGGCAAAUCAUCAGGUGGAGUGAAGGAGAAAAAGCACCAGUGUGAACAUUGUGAUCGUCGGUUUUAUACCCGAAAGGAUGUUCGAAGACACAUGGUAGUACACACUGGAAGAAAGGACUUCCUGUGUCAAUAUUGCGCACAGAGAUUUGGCCGGAAGGAUCACCUAACACGGCAUAUGAAGAAAAGUCACAACCAAGAACUUCUGAAGGUCAAAACAGAGCCAAUGGACCUUCUAGACCCAUUUACUUGCAAUGUUUCUGUGCCUAUAAAGGAUGAGCUGCUUCCAGUGAUGUCUUUAUCUUCCAGUGAGCUGACAUCAAAGCCAUUUACAAACACCUUGCAAUUAAACCUUUACAACACUCAAAUUCAGUCAAUGCAGAGCUCAGCUUCUGCUCACCAAAUGAUUGCCACAUCAUUACCAUUAGGAAUGCCUUGUCCAAUAGAUAUGGAGUCUGUCCACCCUUCUCACCAGCUUUCUCUAAAAUAUCCACUCAGUUCUACCUCAUAUACAGUUUCUAUGACUGAUAAAGAGCAACCAUUGAAAGGGGAAAUUGAAAGUUACUUAAUGGAACUGCAAAGUGGUAUGCCUUCUUCAUCCCAAGAUUCUCAAGCAUCUUCAUCUAAAUUAGGGUUGGAUCCCCACGUGGGGCCUCUAGAUGAUGGAUCUGGGGAUGUUUCCCUUUCCAAAAGUUCUGUUUCCAUUAGUGAACCUCUAAGCACCCCAUCACUGGACUUCUCUCAGUUGUUCAAUUUUAUACCAGUCAAUGGACCUCCUUUUAAUCCUUCUAUUUCUGUGGGAAAUCUUGGAAUGAGUUACACACAAGAGGAGGCACAUUCUUCUUUAACUCAGCUGCCUCCACAAGCACAAGAUCCACAAGACCCUAGUAAUAAUAUAGGUCUUGGAUCUUUACAUUCAUUGUCAGCAGCAUUCACAAGCAGUCUAAACACAACCACAACCCUACCACGUUUUCAUCAAGCUUUCCAAUAGGAUGAAAACCAGCCUUGCGACUGUUUAUUUGUAGAAAUGCCUUAGACGACUUUUAUUAAUGUAGUGCCUACUAUGUCAUUGUAAAUCUACUUUUGUACAGUAUCAAUCGCAUUAAGCCAGUAUGAAAUUCAAAUUGACUUUUAAAAUACUUUGAAUGUGUUGGUUCAUGGAUGUUUACUUGUGCUUUUUUUAAGUCUAUCAAUUUUCACUGCCAAUAGACCCAUGCUUUUAAAAAUAGAACCAUUCCCACUAAAUGUAUGUAUCCCUUGUUUAAAUUUGCAUUAAGAAUAGAUAAUUCUGUGUCUGUCAAUAAGUGGUGGCUAUUUUAAUAACAACAAAUAGCAACAAAACAUUGGUUUAA